UGGCUGUUUGCAGAAGACCUAAUUCUCAGCCUAUCAGCGAAGGGCUGAGGCAGUAAAGCGAGCGCGGGGCCGGGCAGCGCUGAGUGCUGCUGUGCCGCGCUGCGCGUUCGUGUGCCGGGACACCGAGAGAGAGCGAGAGACCGAGGGAAGGAAGGAAGAUGUCCGGGCGCGGGAAGCAGGGCGGGAAGGCGCGCGCCAAGGCCAAGUCGCGCUCGUCGCGGGCCGGGCUGCAGUUCCCUGUCGGCCGUGUCCAUCGGCUCCUCCGGAAAGGUAACUACGCGGAGCGGGUGGGCGCUGGAGCUCCCGUCUACAUGGCGGCCGUGCUGGAGUACCUGACGGCCGAGAUCCUGGAGCUGGCGGGCAACGCGGCGCGCGACAACAAGAAGACGCGCAUCAUCCCCCGCCACCUGCAGCUCGCCAUCCGCAACGACGAGGAGCUCAACAAGCUGCUGGGCAAGGUGACGAUCGCGCAGGGCGGCGUGCUGCCCAACAUCCAGGCCGUGCUGCUGCCCAAGAAGACCGACAGCCACAAGGCCAAAGCCAAGUGAGCGCUGAAGAACAAAAGGCUGCCAGGUUAAACUACGAAAAACCCAAAGGCUCUUUUAAGAGCCACCUACAAUUUCAAAGAAAGAGCUGGAAUUUCAUUGCGGGGGGGAAAGCCCGCGGGAGGGUUUGAAAUGCGUGUGUCGCUCCUUUGAGCUGUCAGUGGCGGGCGCCCCUCCGCGCACAGCCCCAGCCCCGCGCUCUCGCUUCCCUCCGGGGCGGGGCUGAAGCGGUUCCAGGAAGCAGCUCAGCCCUUCCGCAACCAAUCCCUGCCCCUCGUGGGCAUUUUGAGAGCCACCAAGGCGCUUCUGCCCUCCCCCUACCAAAUCAAGCGCGCCUCGAGCUGUUCCCCGGUCAAACAGUACAUUUAUCAGCAGCCUGCGGUUCCCCCACACCCCUCCCCAAAACGGCGGCAGCCACAGCAUUUCAGCCUAUUUCUGAAAAUAUUAGUGGCUCUUAAAAGAGCCGUUGGGUUUAAAUGCGAAGCAAGAUUAUUUCCCCGUGGGGCUUUCUUCCUCUUGAGCGCUGCCUUCUUUGCCUUGGCCGCUUUCGGCUUGGCUGCUUUGGGCUUCACCGCCUUCGCUGUAGCCGGGCUCUUCGCUGCCGCCGCCGCCGCUUUUUUGGGCUUGACAGCCUUUGUCGCCUUGGGACUCUUGGCUGGUUUCUUGGCUGCAGACUUAACUUUCUUGGGGCUGUCCUUUGCUGUCACCGCCUUCCUGGCGGCGCUGGCGGGAUUCUUAGCCGCCGGCUUCUUGGGCUUGAUUACUGCGGGGCUUUUUUUUUUUGU